AAUAAGAAUAUGUUAUCUCAGAAUAUCAUCACGCCCGACUCGAACGGAUGGUCAGGCCAGCAGAUCCAGUCGCUCCUCAGUAGCGAAUCGACUCUCUAUCUCCCACAUCUUCUUCUCACGAUGCCGACCGACAUGAACAAGUUCCAGCUGGUGCAGACCGCCAAGUUCUCGGUGCUUCACCCCACCAAGGGUGCCAAGCCCAUGAAGCCCAUUGCGGCUGCCAAGCCCGCCAAGAAGGCGGCUCCGGCAAAGAAGGAGGCUCCCAAGAAGGCCGCCCCUGCCCCCAAGAAGGUCGAGGAGGAGGACGACGAUGACGACGACCUGUUCGGUGACGACGAUGACGAGGAGGAGGAUGAGGCUGCCAAGGCUCUGGCUGCUAAGCGCGCUGAGGCUGCCAAGGCCGCCAAGAAGGAGAAGAAGAAGCCCGUGGAGCGCUCGCAGGUCGUGAUUGAGGUCAAGCCGUGGGAGGCCGAGACGGACCUCGAGGAGCUGGCCGCCAAGAUCAAGGCUCUGCCCGUCGAGGGUCUGACCUGGGGUGAGGGACACAAGCUGGUGCCUGUGGCUUUCGGCAUCAAGAAGCUGCUGGUGCAGUGCGUCAUCAUCGAUGACCUCGUGCUGCUUGACGACAUCACGGACGCCAUUGAGGGUUUUGAGGACUACGUGCAGUCGGUGGAUGUUGCCUCCAUGAACAAGCUGUAAGCCUGCCCUGUAGUAGGAAUAACCGCUUCUAAAUGAAUGUGAUAUCCCUACCUUGUUGAGGAGCGACGCCCUUCGAAUGAAGCUCGCGACGAAAUGCACUCUAAUUUACAGUUGAUACUCUUCACUUUACCUUGAUUCCAUUCCUACACUGUUAGGCUCGCU